UUUACAUAUUCUUCCUGCUUCUAUUUUUGGCUGUCAAGUUAUUCAUUUUCAACCUCCGACUAUUUUCUAACCACUAUGUGUGACCUUCCACCGACUGAAACGACGUGUAUAAAUCAAGAGGAAUGAAGCAACCAAUAUUCUCAAAUCACUUCUUUCUUGGGCUCCCUUCUACUUGGAAUGUCAUAGAUUUUGUGCUUGGUUAUUAUUGAAUUCCCUCAGUGGGUACAGGAAAAAAAAACCUGCUCAAAGAUGGGGAAAAAACCCAUCAUUUCUAGGGAGGAGCUCAACAGAAGGAGUUGGACUGCAGAGGAAGACAAGAUAUUGUCUGACUAUAUUCGAACUCAUGGCGAGACUGGAUGGAGAUCUCUUCCCCAAAAAGCAGGUUUGAAUCGCUGUGGGAAGAGUUGCAGAUUACGGUGGCUCAAUUAUCUUCGCCCUGACAUUAAACGUGGCAACAUUUCUCCUGACGAGGAGGAACUCAUUGUUAGAAUGCAUCGACUGCUUGGCAAUCGAUGGGCACUUAUCGCUGGUCGGUUGCCUGGAAGAACAGACAAUGAAAUAAAGAAUUACUGGAAUACUCGUUUGAGCAAAAAGCUUGCAAAGAGAAAAUGCCCUCCAUCAGCAGAUCCAAGUGAAGAUAGGCCUACUAAGCCAUGUGAAAUCAUGAGAUCAAUGUGUGGUGAGAAAGAAGCAUUGGAUGUCUCUCAAAUUUCAUUCAUGGAGGAUCCUGCAGAUGCUUCUUCAAUUCAACUAAAAAAUGGCUGCAUCUCUGAGCCAGGUUAUUUUCAAACUCAGCCUGAGAAUGGUUCUCUUGACUCACUGGAGUCCAUAGUAUCAGCUCUAUCUGGCAUUCCAUAUCCUCUGGACUGCAAUCUAUUUUCUAUGCCUUGUACCGAUUUUGGUGCCCAAGAUUUGUCCAUGGAGGGUCUGCUCCCACAUAUAGCUUUUGAUUUACAAUAUAAUAAUUUUAUCAUAUAAUCUAAUAUUUCUUCAAUCAAUAACUUUCUAUCACUUCAUGAGAACGAAAUAUUCUGAGGUAAAGUUAACUGCAUAAAAUAGCGACACUACUAAAUUUGGUUUCACAUUGUUGUGCCGAUCAUGUCAAUAUACGU